GGCGGUAGUAGAGGCUGCGGCGCGGGGCUGAGCAAGCGGCGAGCGCGGUGCCGGUAAUAGGAGGAAGUGGAGCGGCCCCCCGGAGCUCCGGAGUCCGCUGCCGGGCAGGUCCGCCCAGAUUUGCAGAGUAAGCCGCGUCGGGACCUGGGCAGACUUCUUCGUCUUGCUCCGGCCGCUGGCGCCCCGCCUGCCCUGCCCUGCCCUGCCCUGCUUGUCCGAGCCCCGCAUUCCGCGCCUGUACUUUCUCAGCCCCGUGGUCCGAACCUGCUGGGACGUUCGAGCCCCGGCCUUGAUCCGGAGCUCCGAGACGGGACAUUCUCGGCCCCAUCAUACUGACCCAUCUCUGCCGGAGUGUCCUCCGCCCCCGGGUCGGCGCAAGGUGGCCCGGGCUCUCGGACUUGAGUGUAAAGGAGCCGGGACACCCACCGGCCUCCAGCUCCCGGAAAACCAAAUCUUGAGCUGCCUUGGACCGAACUGCUUGAAACUGUACUGGCGCCGCCCGGGUCCAGCGCACAGUGAGGGGUCCCAAGCUGGCAGGACAGUCGAACUGAACCCCUGGACUGGUGCUGCGAACCGAAGCUGCCACCUUUCUUCGUCCUAGGCAAAGGAUUUGGAGGUGCUUGCCCCAAGGCGAACACAGGGGUUUCUCCUGCCACAGUCUCCAGAGAGCCGAGGUUGCAGAGAGGUAGCAUUUCCACACUCUUCAUCCACCGACAACAGGUGACACCACUGGAGACUGGGCUGUGGAGGAAACAUACGGACCACAGCUCUUCGACUGAAGUGACAUCACCAUCUCUCUGGAUAGGACACCCCUGGAGUGCAGCCCCUAGCCACCGGAUCUUCUUCCAGCACCAGCCAGUGGCCUCCAUGGGCGCUUGAGGGCCAGGCACCAGGGCUGCGGGCACGAGCAUGGUGAGACACCAGCCCCUGCAGUACUACGAGCCCCAACUGUGCCUCUCGUGCCUCACCGGCAUCUAUGGCUGCCGCUGGAAGCGCUACCAACGCUCACACGAUGACACAACUCCGUGGGAACGCCUGUGGUUCCUGCUCCUUGUCUGCACCUUCAGCCUCACGCUCACCUGGCUCUACUUCUGGUGGGGAGUCCACAACGACUACGAUGAGUUCAACUGGUACCUCUACAACCGCAUGGGCUACUGGAGCGACUGGUCUGUGCCCAUCCUGGUGACCACAGCUGCGGCCUUCACAUACAUUGCAGGACUCCUGGUCCUGGCACUAUGUCACAUCGCUGUGGGGCAGCAGAUGAACCUGCACUGGAUACACAAGAUGGGGCUGGUGGUCAUCUUGGCCUCCACAGUGGUGGCCAUGUCUGCAGUGGCCCAGCUAUGGGAGGAUGAGUGGGAGGUGCUGCUGAUCUCCCUGCAGGGCACAGCACCAUUCCUGCAUAUAGGGGCCCUGGUGGCCAUCACUGCGCUCUCUUGGAUCGUGGCCGGACAGUUCGCCCGUGCAGAGCGCUCUUCCUCUCAGCUUACAAUUCUUUGUACCUUCUUCGCCGUGGUCUUCACCUUCUACCUGGUCCCUCUCACCAUCUCCUCUCCCUGCAUCAUGGAGAAAAAAGACCUGGGCCCCAAACCUGCCCUCAUCGGCCACCGAGGGGCUCCCAUGCUGGCUCCAGAACACACACUGAUGUCCUUCCGGAAGGCCCUGGAGCAGAAGCUGUAUGGGCUGCAAGCUGACAUCACCAUCAGCCUGGAUGGUGUGCCCUUUCUCAUGCAUGACACUACCCUGAGGCGGACCACCAAUGUGGAGCAGGUGUUCCCGGAGCUUGCCCGAAGGCCUGCUGCCAUGCUCAACUGGACUUCUCUGCAGAGGCUCAAUGCCGGCCAGUGGUUCCUCAAGACUGACCCCUUCUGGACAGCCAGCUCCCUGUCACCCUCCGACCACAGGGAGGUUGAGAACCAGUCCAUCUGCAGCCUGGCAGAGCUCCUGGAGCUAGCCAAAGGCAACGCUACUCUGCUGCUCAACCUUCGGGACCCACCCCAUGAUCACCCGUACCGUGGCAGCUUCCUCAACAUCACACUGGAGGCCGUGCUCCGUUCAGGCUUUCCACAGCACCAGGUCAUGUGGCUGUUUAACAGGCAGAGGCCUUUGGUACGGAAGAUGGCUCCUGGCUUCCAGCAAACAUCUGGGUCUAAAGAAGCCAUCGCCAGCCUACGGAGAGGUCACAUCCAGAAGCUCAACCUCCACUAUACUCAGGUGUCCCACCAGGAGCUCAGGGACUAUGCAUCCUGGAACCUGAGUGUAAACCUCUACACUGUCAAUGCCCCGUGGCUCUUCUCCCUGCUGUGGUGUGCCGGGGUCCCCUCUGUCACUUCCGACAACUCCCAUACCCUUUCUCGGGUGCCUUCUCCACUCUGGAUCAUGCCCCCAGAUGAGUACUGCCUCAUGUGGGUCACUGCUGACCUGAUCUCCUUCAGCCUCAUCAUUGGCAUCUUCGUGCUCCAGAAGUGGCGCCUGGGUGGUAUACGGAGUUACAACCCAGAGCAGAUCAUGCUGAGUGCCGCCGUACGCCGGACCAGCCGGGAUGUCAGCAUCAUGAAAGAGAAACUCAUCUUCUCAGAGAUCAGUGAUGGUGUGGAAGUCUCUGAUGAGCUCUCCGUAUGUUCAGACAGCAGUUACGACACCUAUGCCAACAGCACAGUCACCCCCAUGGGCCCUCAAAGUGCUGGCAGCCGUGCCAAGACCUUCACAGAGCAGGGUGGGCAUUAGCUGAAGAUCUGUCUACCCAACUUGUACCCAAGGUAGAAUCUAGAAGAGAGGAAGGACUGACGACAGAAACGGCACCUCGAGUGCCUGGGAGCUGGCACCCACUUGUGUGCUCCCAGCUCUUUUGUCUGUUCCAGCCUCUCUUGCAUGAGUGGUGGGGACCAGGGGAGCCCUCUCCACUGAGGCUGGACCAGGACUCCAGCCUCUCAGAUGCCCCUGCAGGCCUGGGGCUUUUCAUCCAGGAAAUGAGGGCCUGCUCUCCACUCAGUCAUCCUUGGCCUCCCAGCCUGGAAGGUUUGGUGAGUCACUGGGCUGUGCCAUGUGCCCCAUGCAAGUGGAGGACGUGGAUGUCCCCCUGUGCCCACACCUAUUUAUCUGUCUGUGCUGUAAGAUGACUAACUGUUCUCACCCCUGCCUGGGGGCUCUACUCUUGGCACCUAUCUCAAAGCACAAGGAAGUUCAUCUCAGGAGAAACCAGUGGCUGCGGUGGAGACAUGUUCCUCCCAACUAGCUUCCCUCCACCACAGGCCUCUCUGUCCCUGAGAAGCAGCUAAAGAUGACCAGAAUCACACACUCAGGGCUGUUCUGCCUCACACCCAGGUGUCCAGCAGGGGCAGAAGAAGCCUUGAGGACCAGGUGAACGACAGACUGAUAUGACCUCAGGUUCCCACAGCAGUGGCCACAGGGCAAUGGGCCACCUGGGCAAAGCGCUCUGGGCUCAGUCAAGCAUGGGCCUCUGGCCAAAGUUGCCUAUAGUAGAAGGAACCUAAGGGCAAAAACAAUUAAAUCUGCCAUCGUGAUGUGUGUUGUCUCUGAAUUGUCAGUGGCAGUUUGGGGAACCAGCAAGCAGGGGUUGGGGUCAGGUGUUGGCCCUGGGUUUUGAGGAUGAGCCAUUUCACAGAUAAAAGUAAAAACGACUGGAUGUCUGAGUCCUACCCUUGAUCCGCCAUGAUUCUGGGACCUCAGCAGCCCUUGGAUUGUAAAACCAAUGAACACCCUUGCAUUAUGGGAGGCAGGAUGCCAAUGUGACCAUCCAAAGUCACAUAGGCAAAGCCAGGGCUACUCUUUUUAAGAAGCCCACAUCCACACUCUUAACUCUCAUGCUUAAAAAUGUCUUUUAGGGUGUGGGGUGGUGGCACGUGAUUUUAUUUUAAAUUACCUUUUUGAAUUUUAAGAAGUAUGUAUUUGUAUUUGUGGGUAUGCAUACUCAUGAGGAGCACCCUCAGAGUGUAGAAGAGUGUGUUGAUCUCCUGGAGCUGGAGGUACAAGCAGUGGUGAGCCACUUGAUAGAGGUGUUAGGAACCGAACUCGGGUCCUCUAGAACAGCAGCCAAGGUCCUUAACCACUGAGCCUUCCCUCAGCCCCCAAAGUGUCUUUCUAGAAAAAUAAACUCCAGUGGGAUGGGGAGAUGGCUCAGCAGUUAAGAACCACAGUUCAGUACCCAAUGCCAGAACUCUCACAGCUGCCUGCAACUGGCCUUCAUUGCACACACGUGGUAUGGACACAGUACAGGCCAAACACUCUACAUAAAAUAAUUUGAGUCAGGGACUCUCUGUAUAGCCCAAGCUGUCCUGGAAUUCAUUAUGUAGACCAGACUAGCCUUGAACAGAGAUCUGCCUUCCUCUGAUUCCCUAGUUCUGGGGUUAAAGGUGUGUUCCAUCAUUCCUGGCUCUUAAUAAAAAGCGAAACAACAAA